AUAUUUUCACCUGAUACUUCUGGUUUCAUUUUUAUGUGACAUCUAUAAUCUAUAUAGAUUAAUAUUUUAAGGUAUGCCUUGAAGUAAAGGUCUAAUUUUCUUUAUUUUUAAUGGUUAGCUACUUGUCCCAAUACCAUGUGUUAAAUAAUCAUCUUUCCCCCAAUGAACAUGAAAUGUGACCCUUAACACAUAAUAAGUUCUUACAUAUUCUUUUUUUUUUCUUACAUAUUCUUAAGUCUAUUUCUGGACCUCCUUCUCUGUUCACUUUUUUUUCUAUCUCACCAGUACCCCUCUGGGACAGUUUAGCAGAUGGAAAGCCAGUGGACAAAUGACAGAAGACCAGAAGUUUAUUCUCUGGAGACAUGGGCUCAGAGCGGCACUGGACUCGGGGACACCAGGCCCAGGGUUCUUGUGGAAGUCAGACCAAACAGCAGGAAGGUAUUGCAGCAAGAUGGAUUUGGGAAAGGACCAGCCUCACUGGAUGCUUCAUCAGACACCUGAUCCUCAUCAAGAAGAGACCCAUGUUCCAGAAGUCAUUGGAACUUGGAGUUUAAGAAACAGAGAGCAACUCAGAAAAAGAAAAGCUGAAGCACAGGAAAAGCAAACUUCACAAUGGCAAUUUGGAGAGAAAAAACACAAGCGGCAGAGAACAGGAAAAAGAAGUGAAAGAGGCAGAAAGAGACAACAAAAUACAGAAACGAAGGUGGAGCCUCUGUCACAAUUAGAAAAGGAAAUGAUGGAGAAAGCACCAGCACCUACAGAGAAAGAAACUGAACCGCCCAGGAGUGUGAACGAAGCUCUCCUUCCGGUAGCCUCCACGCAAAGAGUUGUGCCCAAGAAACAUUUUUCUGAAAUAGGUCAAGAAAGCAUUAUCCAUCAGGAAAACUCUUCUGAAUACCAAGAAACAGCAGUACAAAACCACCCUUCUGAAAUACGCCAAGAUAUGGCUGAAUCUGAAGACCUCUCUCCUAAAAUGUGCCAAGAAAUAGCUGUAUUUCAAGACCGUCCUUCCAAAAUGCGCCAUGAUGUGGCUCAACCUGAAGACCUCUCUCUUAAAAUGUGCCAAGAAACCGCUGCAGCCAAAGCCCUUUCUUCUAAAACAUCUGAAGAUAUAGCUGACCUGGAAGGAUGCCCACUUGAAGCAUACCCCAAACCAGAUGUGCCUAAAGGCUACACUCUUGAGACAUACCAAAAAAGAGCUGAACCUGAGGAACACCAUUCUGAACUAGGUCAAGGAAUAGCUGAGACUGAAAAUUUUGUUCCUAAAACACAAGAAAUAGCUGUGCCUAAAGAGCUUUCUAUAAAAACAUACCAAGAGACAGUUGAACCUGACCACUUUUCUCAUAAAACAUAUAAAGAAAUUUCUGUGUCUAAAGCCCCCUCUCAUAAAACAAUCCAAGAAACACCUGCUCCUGAAAAAUAUUCACCUGAAAUAUACCAAGAAACACCUGGGUCUGAAGAAUAUUCACCUGAAAUAUACCAAGAAACAGCUGGGCCUGAAGACCUCUCUACUAAGACAUAUAAAGAUAAGGAUGUGCCUGAAGAAUGCUUUCUAGAACUGUACCAAGAAACAGCUGGGCCCCAAGACCAGGAUCCUAAAGCACACCAGGAAGAUGCUAAGGAUGUUUAUGUUCUUCCUUGAGAAAUGAAGGAAAAACCCAAAGCAGAAGAACCAGAGAUACCAGCAAUUCCAAACGUUCCUCAAGAGAUUCACUCAGA